GAAUGGAAGAGUUGAAAUCAUCCCUAAUGAUCAAGGGAAUCGUACUACUCCUUCUUGUGUUGCGUUUACUGAUACUCACCGUUUCAUCGGAGAUGCUGCUCUGAAUCAGGUUGCUAUGAACCCUAUCAACACUGUUUUCGAUGCAAAACGUUUAAUUGCUAGGAAAUUCAAUGAUACAACGGUUCAGAGUGAUAUCAAGCUAUGGCCAUUCAAAGUCAUUGCUGGAGAAGACAUGAGACCCAUGAUUCAAGUCAAUUACAUGGGAAAGGUUAAAGCGUUAUCAGCUGAGGAAAUCUCAUCCAUGGUUCUUUCGAAGAUGAGGGAAACAGCAGAAGCUUAUCUUGGUUCAACUGUUACGGAUGCUGUUAUCACAGUCCCUGCUUAUUUUAAUGAUUCUCAGCGUCAAGCUACUAAAGAUGCUGGUAAAAUCGCAGGCCUUAAUGUACUGCGAAUCAUCAAUGAACCAACGGCGGCGGGAAUUGCUUACGGCCUAGAUAAGAAGGCGGCCAAUGUAACCACUGGAAAGGAGAAGGGGACCAAUGCUGUUGCAGAGAAUGUUCUUAUCUUUGAUCUUGGUGGUGGUAUUUUUGAUGUUUCGAUACUCAACAUUAGAGACCGUAUCUUCCAAGUCAAGGCUACAUCUGGAGAUACGCAUCUUGGAGGAGAGGAUUUCGAUAACAGAAUGGUUAAUCACUUUGUUCAGGAAUUCAAGAAGAAGCACGACAAGGACAUCAGUAAAAAUCCAAAGGCUCUUAGGAGGCUAAGGACAUCUUGUGAAAGGGCAAAGAGGACUCUGUCAUCUAAAACUCAGACAACCAUUGAGAUUGAUUCAUUGUAUGAAGGUAUCGAUUUUAAUACGUCCAUAACUCGUGCUAAAUUUGAAGAGUUAAACCUGGAUUUGUUCAAGAAAUGUAUGGAACCUGUUCAGCUGUGUUUGGCGGAUUCUAAGAUGGACAAGAACAGCAUCCACGAAAUUGUGCUCGUAGGUGGGUCCACCAGAAUUCCUAAGGUUCAGUCUCUAUUGCAGGAUUUGUUUAAUGGGAAGAAACUCUGCAUGAGCAUCAACCCUGAUGAGGCUGUGGCGUAUGGUGCUGCAGUGCAAGCUGCUAUUCUGAACGGUGAGGCUAGUGAGAAGGUGCAGGACUUGGUGUUGAUGGAUGUCAUCCCUCUUUCUCUGGGUGUUGAGGUGAUAGGAGGUGUUAUGAGCGUGGUGGUCCCAAGGAACACAGCCAUUCCCACCAAGAAACAUAAGGUCUACACUACCGCCAAGGACUAUCAAACUAACGUGAGUAUUCGGGUGUAUGAGGGUGAGGGAAUUAGAACUAAGGACAACAGUUUGUUGGGUACCUUCACGCUAUAUGGACUUCCUCCAGCACCUCGUGGCGUUGCUAAGAAUACAGAAACCUUCGUUAUUGAUGCAGACGGUAUAUUGACUGUGUUUUCUGAGAACAAGGAAUCAGGGAACAAGAAUAUGAUUACGAUUAAAAACAACAAGGGGGGGUUGUCAUCCUCUGGGAUUAAGAGGUUGGUUCGAGAGGCUGAGAAAUACAAGUUAGAUGAUGAAAAACAAAUGAAGAAGGUAGAGUUGAGGAACUAA